CACACCUGGCGAGUGUGGGCCAUCUGCAUGGUCUUAGCUGCAAACAUCUCCACAGAGCAAGCGCUGAAGCAGGCUUGUCCUUCGUGCGAUGCCACUCAGCUUUGCAUCUGCUCUUCCAUGGACUUGGACUUCAUUCCCCCAGGGCUCACGGCCAAAAUCACAGUGUUAAACCUGGCCCACAACAGGAUAAAGCACAUCCGAUCCCAGGACCUGCAGCAGGCUGUGAGCCUGAGAGCCCUGCUGCUGCAGUCCAACAAAAUCAGCUCAAUAGAUGAGGACUCGUUUCGCUCCCUUGGGAAACUGGAGCGCUUGGACUUAUCAAAUAACAACUUGGCUCACUUGUCCCCCGUGUGGUUUGGGCACCUCUUUUCGCUCCAGCACCUUCACCUUCAAGGGAACUCCUACAGAGACCUGGGGGAAAGCUCCCCCUUUUCUAACCUGCGGAACCUGAGCUCUCUCCACCUGGGCAACCCACAGUUCUCCACGAUAAGGCAAGGGAACUUUGAGGGCAUUGAGCUUCUGGACAAGUUGUGGAUUGACGGUGGCAAUCUCAGUCAGUACGAGCCAGGAAGUUUGAAAUCGAUUAAGAAGAUAAAUCAUAUGAUCAUAAACCUAAGAAGUACUAAUGUAUUCUCAGCAAUUGUCAGGGACCUUCUGCACUCUGUCACUUGGUUAGAA